AUGUCCUCCACGCAGUUCCAACGUAUCCUCGCCAAUUGCGAAACCAUCUGGGGCAAAGGCGACUAUGACCUUGAUGUUGAAACAGACGAUUGGGUGACGUACUGGGCAGUUGUCAAAAAAGACUUGGGAACUUCGUUUGGACCGCCCUUGACUAUGACUGGGGCAUGUGGCUCGGACAGUCAUGCAUGGAGAGAGUUAGACCGGAUGCUGCACCUAUGGGCUGAGCAAAAACGGAGCGGACAGCCAAUGACAGAUGCUCAGAGCUUGGAGGUAUUCGGUGGACCUAGCGGGCGGAACAAACCGAUAUUACGGCAAUUCAUUGCUAGGACGAACGAAAGAGAGAUGGAUGGUACGGUGAAAGAAGCCUGA